AUGGGUGGCUCGGGCGGCUCCAGCAGCAACUGGACCAACAGUAUAGUGACGUACGACAAUGCUCGUACGGUUGCCUUGGUAUGGGUCGUGCUGCACUUUGGCCGCCGCUGGCUCCGCGCGAUCCGUGCAGAGGGUCUGACGGGUAUCGUGCUCCAGGCGUACUCGGCCCUGGUGCAGCGCUUCGUGGGCCUCAUGCUCAAGCUGCCCUCGAACAAGAGGCGCAUGGACCGCGAGAUGGGCGAGGCAACGACGACGCUCGAAAAGAGCCUCUUGCCCCCGUCGAGCGUGCCGACGGUGCGCACGCUGCCGGUGCACGGCCGCGACGAGGCGUGGAUCGACAAGCAGCUCGCCGUACUGCAGCACCUCACCGGCGAUGACAGCGGCGACUCGGAGCGCCAGUGGCGCGACGGCCACGUCUCCGGUGCGGUGUACCACGGCGGCGAGGAGCUGAACCGCGUGAUCCUCGGUUGCUUUGCUCGCUUCCUCUUGUCCAACCCGCUGCACCCGGAGGUCUUCCCGGGUGUGCGUAAGAUGGAGUCGGAAAUCGUGGCGAUGGCCCUGAGCAUGUACAACGCGCCGCCAGGCGCCGCCGGCACCACGACCUCGGGCGGCACCGAGUCGAUUCUGAUGGCAUGCAAGGCCGCGCGCGACUGGGGGCGCGCCGAGCGCGGAAUCACCGAGCCGGAGAUUGUGAUCCCGACGAGCGCGCACGUCGCCUUUGACAAAGCGGGCCAGUACUUUGGGCUCAAGGUGCGCCGCAUCCCGGUCGACCGCAUCACGCGCAAGGUCCGCAUCGACGCGAUGCACCGCGCGAUCAACAGCCAGACGGUGCUGCUCGUGGGCAGUGCGCCCAACUUCCCCGACGGCAUGAUCGACGACAUUGUCUCUAUUGCCGCGCUCGCCAAACGCCACGGCAUCCUGUGCCAUGUGGACUGCUGCCUCGGCUCGUUCCUUGUGCCGUUCCUCGACCGCGCGGGGUACGUCUCGGAGCCGUUUGACUUCCGUGUGGAUGGCGUUACGUCGAUUUCCUGCGACACGCACAAGUACGGCUUCGGCCCCAAGGGUCUCUCGGUGGUGAUGUACAGCACCGAGCGCAUGCGCCGCUUCCAGUACUAUGUCAACUCCAGCUGGGUCGGCGGUGUGUACGCGAGCCCGACGCUCGCUGGCUCGCGCCCCGGAUCGAUCAUCGCCGCGACGUGGGCGGUGAUGGUCGCCAUGGGCCAGGACGGCUACACAAACUCUUGCAAGAGCAUUGUCGGCGCUGCCAAGGACAUUGAGCGCCGCGUGCGCCAUGAGAUCCCCGAGCUUACCGUGCUCGGCAAGCCGCUCGUGAGCGUCGUGGCGAUCGCCAGCGCCGGCACGCACAACAUCUACGACGUGGGUGACCAAAUGAGCAAGCGUGGCUGGCACCUCAAUGCGCUCGGUGGCGACGUGCCCGCGGUUCAUCUCGCGUGCACGCGCCUGACGGUGCCGAGCGUGGACCAGUUCAUUGCGGAUCUCAAGGAUGCGGUCGCGCACUCGCGCACUAAACCUGCGAAGCCCGGUACGAUGGCGACGGUCUAUGGGCUGGGCCAGAGCUCGGCGGUGGGCCCGAUGCUCAUCGGCGAGAUGGCUUCGCGCUUCGUGGAUACGCUGUACAAGGUACAGCCGUAG